AUGCACUCCUACGUCGAGGUCAUCGGCCCGGGCACGCCGGACGCGUCCUCUAGUCUGCACCUCUUUUUCGACGAGGGCCGCUAUCUCUUCGAAUGCGGCGACGGCACUCAGCGUCUCUGCACAGAGUACGGCAUCAAGCUCGGUCGUCUGCGCAGCAUUUUCCUCACCUCCCUUGCCGCCCCCUCCAUCGGCGGCCUGCUCGGCCUCAACCUCACCCUAGCAGACGCUGGGAAGGAGUCCGUUUCCAUCACUGCGCCGAAAGGACUUGCCUCCAUCUUCAAGGCCGCCCGCUCCUUCUACUACCGCCCCUCGUUGCAAUCCACCUUGCAUGAAGUCGACUUGGAAGCUUCAGUCGAACCCCUCCCCGUCUUGGUCUUGGAGGAUGAGAACGUCAAUAUCACUGCCAUCCCUGUGCGCAGUCGCAGGGAUAUCGAAAUUGACACGGCCUUCGGGGCACAUUUCGAUGCCCUGGCAUAUGUUUGCCGCCUGCACGACCUUCGUGGGAAGUUCAAUCCUGCCCGCGCGAUGGAACUCGGUGUGAAGAAAGGACGCUUAUUCGGGCAAUUGCAAAGGGGCGUGCCGGUCACUACGGACAAUGGUGUGACGGUCACCCCGGAGCAAGUGAUGUCAAAGAGCACGCCAGGUCCCAUGUUCUUGGUCAUCCCCUGCCCAACUGUCAAUCACAUCCAAGCCAUCACCAAGUCAAAGGCUCUCAACCCGGUGGAGCUGGGCAUCCUCUCGGCGGAUGCCUCGUCCAACCUGAUGAGGCGCUGCGUGGUCGCCCACCUCGCCCCAAAGCAUGUGCUAGAAAAUACCGCGUAUAGAGAAUGGUGCGACUCGUUCGGUGCAGAUGUCAGCCACAUUCCUCUUCACCCGUCAGUCAGCUCGCCACGGACGGUUUUUAGUACCCACGCUACAGAUGCGGCAUUGUUGCAUUUCACCGUUGAUAAAGAUCUGUUCCCCCUCCCAUCAGAUGCGCUCGAUGCGAGUUCUCUGGUCUCGGUAAGCGAAGCGCGCUCUUCGCGAAGCAAUCCAGAAUCUGCCAUGCCAUUGUCUAUGUGCAAACCAGCGCAACCGGAAGGCUUCAGAACGGAUGAGGGCUUCCCUUCGUUUUGCCUCAACCGAACUGGAACUUGGCUGGAAGGAGAUUGUAAGAUGAAGUUUGUUUUGUCACCAAGUGCCAAUGCAGGUCCGGACAUGGGAGCAGUGCGACCGCGAUUCAUAGAGAGGAUAGCGGGGCAGCCGAAACAUCCCUGGCGGGAAGCUGCCCUCAAAAAGCAUGCAGAGGAGCCAGUGGGGAAAGGAAGGCAAACGCCGCCGUCGAUCUCGUCGCUAUCACCAGGCACAGCGGCCGUGCGCUUUUUCGGGACUGGAGCAGCUAUCCCUGGGAAGCACAGGAACGUUUCUUCAUUGAUGAUUGACAUGUUCGAGCGAGGGAGCGUAAUGAUGGACUGUGGAGAAGGAACAUGGGGUCAAAUGGUGAGAAUGUUUGGGCAGGAAAGGGCAAGACGGGUGUUGUGUGGUCUAAAAGUUGUUUUCAUCUCACACAUGCAUGCGGACCACCACCUCGGCCUUUUGACCCUUUUACAUGAACGAGCAAUCGCUCUUCGAGAGCAGUCGGUUUACGGGCGGGGGCCUCAGCUUGUCGUCGUUGGACCGCAUUAUUUGGCAUCCUGGCUGGAGGCCUUCCAGGCGGCAGCGAGAGUACCGCUUCGCGACACUCUGGCACCUUUGAAACGUAGCUUCAAGUUUUUCGACGCCAAGGCGCUGACGGAUCCACAAGCGCCCGAAGCAAAGUUCUUCCCCGACGCUUUUGGACUAGAAGUAGGUUGCGUCAGUGUGAUCCAUUGCCCACUGUCGUAUGGUAUUAUGUUGAGGGAUUGCGUGAGUGGGUGGAAGGUUGUUUAUUCUGGUGAUACGCGCCCAUGUCCAGCCUUGGGGGAAAUUGGGAAAGGGGCGACUCUCGCCAUUCACGAAGCAACUCUAAGCGACGAUAUGCAGGACGAAGCAAGGGACAAGUUGCACUGUACAACGAGCGAGGCUUUAGAUGUUUGUGUGAAUGAUAUGGGAGCGUGGCGAACGAUCCUGACGCAUUUUUCUCAGAGGUAUCCAAGAAUUCCUAAACUGGAUGAUGCAACAGUGGCGCGAUUGGACCAGGACAGGGCUGCAUUUGCAUUUGACCUUAUGAGUGUGGACUUUACGAGAUUGGAGGAAAUUCCUGAAGUAGUCCCUGCCAUGCUGGACCUCUUCCCGGACGGGAAUGGCGUUGAGGCAAGUGAUAUAGACGAAGCUAGGGCGAGGAUGCACAAGGCGUGUGAGAGUGUUUAA